AUGGGGGUUGUUGAGCUUUCAUCACAACUGUAUGAUGCACUUGUGUUUAUCAGUAAGUUUGCGUCAAAAGUAACAAUAUCUGGAGCUGGAGUGUGUUCGGAACAUAUUUUAAUUGAAAUACCGGUGCUGUGCGAUUGUGAGUUUACUAUGUGCAUCAAGGAUUUGAUGAAGAUGCUUGAAAGCACCAGAGAGUUUGUUUUUGAGGAAAGGGGGCUGAAAUACAGAUAUGAAGUUGGUGUUGGCGAUGGUAAGAUGGAGAUUGAAAAAAGUGUGCAGAUUUUUGAUGGCAUGUAUCGAAUAAGAGGUGGUGUUUUGUUGCUAAGCUUGGUAAUAAACGAUUUCAAAGUGUUGAGCAGAGAUGAUAUUGAGAUUACUGCAGACAAGGAAGGAAAUGCUGUGUUUAGAUCGUCUGGGAUGGUGAGAACGGAAGUGAGGUAUGCUGGGGUGAAGGUUAUAGAUCACAAGGUUGAUUCUGUAAGGGUAUUGGCAAGAUCGAAGGACUUACGUGUUGUUGAAGCAUUGCAUGGAGAGGCUGUUUUUUCAUUUCUUGACACGCAUAUCCUUGUCUAUUCGUUUGAAAGUGGGCAUACUGUGGUUGUUGUGGUACGCCUGCUUGCCGAUAGCACCGAACUCUAA